AUGGAGGAGGAGAGCAUUAAGCAGAGUUCCCGAUCCUCUGAGGCAGCUGAAGAUGAAAAGGACCAGCGCACACUGACAGUCAAUCCCUCUCACAUGAGAAAGGCAUUCAAGGUCAUGAAUGAAUUACGGAGCAAGCGGCUCCUCUGUGAUGUGGUGAUUGUGGCCGAAACUGUGGAGAUGGAAGCUCACCGCGUGGUCCUUGCGGCCUGCAGCCCUUAUUUUUGUGCGAUGUUUACAGGAGACAUGUCUGAAAGUAAAGCCAAGAAGAUUGAGAUAAAAGACGUUGAUGGGCAGACCCUACGGAAGCUUAUUGAUUACAUCUAUACCGCUGAGAUCGAGGUCACGGAAGAGAACGUGCAGGUUUUGUUGCCAGCUGCUAGUUUAUUGCAAUUGAUGGAUGUUAGAAAAAACUGCUGUGACUUUCUUCAGUCCCAGCUGCAUCCCACAAACUGCCUUGGAAUCCGAGCUUUUGCCGAUGUGCAUGCGUGCACCGAACUGCUGCAGCAGGCAAAUGCCUAUGCAG